AUGGACCAACUUCGUCGCAACUUGCAUGCUGCGCAGCUACGCGAAUCGGUGCAUCGGCCGCACUACCCUUCGCCACUCAGGCAAUCGCCCUUGCAAGCAUCCAUAUCAUCGGCUUCUCACACCGCAGCUUCUGUGGCUAGCUCCUCUCGCACCACGGUCUCAACAUCCACUACGCCGCCUUCUACAUCGUCCCGCUUCUCGAUCAAUCAAGCCUUCAAGGAUCUCACCGAUAAUGACAUUGACUUCUUCGAUCGACUCGUCAACCACUUGCCGCAUCAUGCUGCCGACUUCUCGCAACUCAAGACGGCGUAUGCAGCGCAUGUAGCCGAGGAGCUGAGUCGACGCAACCGUCAUGGCACCACAAAGAUCGACUGGGACGCCCACCUUUGGUCGAUUCUGCUCAGUCUCGUCAAGGUUAGGGGAAAAAAUUGGCGGGAACGUUGGGACUCGGUGCGUCUUGCCUUCGGUCUCGAUCCAAACAGUGGUGACGAGACUGACCAGAGCGCGGUCACACAAAGCACUAACAUCACCGCCACCAGCGACUCAACCCAGCAUCUAGACGAGCGCUAUCCUGACCGUGAAGUUGACGACUCUUACCGCCAGUACGUGCGCGCCGCGCGGCAUAUGUCAGGGCUGCCUGCAGAUCGUACCCCUCGUCGUAGCGAUCAAGGACGCCCCAUUCUUCCUCCUCACGAUAGGCUCUUGCUUCCACGCGCAAGCAGUCCGCCGCAAAUGCCACACAGCUCCCACCGAGCGUCACCGAGAUCCUAUCCAUUGGACGACCCAGGUGAAAGACCAGAAGCAACUCCACAGGCACGAUCUCAUGCCAAAGAUCCGAUCUCCGCAAUCCAGGCUCGCCUCAGCCGUCUGCUCGAUCCGGAGUCAAGUGCAGACGGAAGCAGCGACUCCGACUCGCCCGACCUCGCCGUUACUGCGAGGUCAGCCCUUCCAAUUGACGUUGCCAGCCCUGGCCUCAGCUCAAGGCUCCCCACGGAUGCCAAGCGACGCUUCGACGAGCUUGUCCGCUCCUCUCAAUUAGAGCGGUCGAUGCUUCGCCAGUCAAAUAUGCAGAUGCAAGAGAGAGAAGAGCUCGAAAGAUGGAGCGAGCAACUCGACAUGGCCGAUCAAUGGCAAGCUCGUCGUCUGCUUCAAAUGUGUCUCGCCUGGUGGAUCACCUUAACCCGUCAACAGCUCGAAAAGACACAGAACGCUGCCGAUGCAAGUGACCGAGUCACGAUCGACAAAGCUUGGGAAAGGUGGCGAGCACAGACUCGACGCGAGAGCGAUGUCAGGCAUACAGGUGCAAAGACGGAUCGGGUGCGAUGCAGCCUUACAGCCUUCAGGCGGUGGAAGACUCGUAUGCAGACUCUCGUCGAACGCAAGGAGGAGCUCAAGAAAGAGUCCAUGCGGACAGCCUAUUACGCCACGAGCAAUGCAGUCAAGACUCGCCUUCUGGUGCACGCGUUCAGCAGAUGGAAAAUCAACUACCGGGAAAGGCUUGCAGACAGCGUCCGUCGCAGACACUUGCAAGCUGGUGCCUUCGCUCUAUGGCAGAUGCGCUCAUCACACAACAAGCAGCUUCAAGCUCGGGAAAAUAUGAUGACAGCCAAGCGAAAGUAUGCAGUCCUAUCGCAAGUGUGGGAAGCGUGGACGGACCGGUUUGACAAAACUAAAGCUUUGAAUCAAUUUCGUGUCCACCAUGACAGUCUUUUGGCUUUAGAAGCACUUCACACGUGGCGAAAGAUGGCCAUGCUAUCCCGACUCUCCCAAGCCUUUGCAGAGCGUCGUCUGAAGCUGGCAACGAUUGAUGGAUGGCAACGUGCACUCGAGCAGCGGCAACAAGCUCGAAAGCAGGAAGUGCUUGCGGUUCGAUGGCGCAUGCGCAGACUCAAGCAGAAUAUCCUGACCGGAUGGCAGCGUCACAGGCAACAGAUCGCUCAGUUGGAGCACCUGGCGGUCAACAUGCAGAAGAGCAACGAGCAAGCGAAGCUCCAAUUCGCGUUCCAUCGUUGGCAGCUGCUGUCGCGUGCUGCGCUCCUUGAGCGCGUCCACACUGCAGGCCGACUGGAAAUUGCCUUCCAUGAGUGGAAGCACCACCACCGCUCCUUGACCACGAGCUUGCAACAGCGAGAAACCGCUGUCGUCCAGCGCCGCAAUGGAGCAACAAAGCUUGCAUGCUUGCGACGAUGGCGUCAUCUCACCAAUCAGAUCCGCCAUAGGGAGGCAGAGGUUGAAGCCCGCCGCAACGAGAGGCUUCGUAGCGACUCUUUCAUCACAUGGCGACAGAAGCAGCUGGAGCACCGGCUGCUCCAUCAGAAGUCUGUCGCUGUUUCUGACUUCUUCGCGCUCCGUUCGGCUUUCCAGCGAUGGCGCAGUCAGCUCAGGGAGCAACGUGCCUAUAGCAAAGAAGCCACUCACAACCGGCGUCUUGUACAGCAGGUGUACGAGAUCUGGCGCGCUCGUUCAGACAAACAGCGUCAUCUGGCUAACCUCCUGCAGCUGUCACUUGCCAAUAGCGACCAGGCGCUGGCUCGAUCUUACCUCAACCGAUGGGUGGCCAGGAUCAUCGAAGUGCGGAGCAGAGAACUGGAGGUCAAGGAGCAGAGAGAGAAGCGCCUCGUCAAGGCGGCAUUCUACGCUUGGAUUGAAGCCUGCUUGCGUCACGACGACCUGUUGGCUUUGAUGAACAGCUACAUUGACGUCAAGGAAGAAGAUCGGAAGAAGCGCACCUUCUCACACUGGCUCGCCGUCGCCAGGGAACACAAGGAAAGGCGGGAGAAAGCUGAGAUGCUGGCCGCUUCCACGCGGAAGAGAAUGCUCGUUGCUACACUCACCGCUUGGCGAGACAAGCUGAGAGAUCGGGCGCUGGCGACACAAGAGUACGACAUGCUGAUCCUUCGGCAACAGCUCUCUUUGAAGUGGGCAAUCAACACUUGGAAAUCACAGACUCUCUUGUUGCCGGCAAUUCGGAUGCGAAACACUUCUCUGAAAGGGCAGACCUUCCAGCAAUGGCAACGCAACCUACCGAAUGCUCAGCUGUCGAAUCAAGCUACGAGAAUCCUUCGUACACGACUUCUCGGACGGAGCUGGCAGGCUUGGCAAGAGCAGCUCAAGACAAGGCGUCAAUUGCGAGCAGCAGCUCGCUUCGGCGCAGGCACGGUCAGUGUGCAACGCCUGCGAACGCUUUCGGCUGCAGCUGCCGCGAAUCGAUCAACAGGUUCCUCAUCGCCAUCCGCACAACACUCGUCCUCCCCUUUCCGCGCGUUGCCAGCCACCAGCACGUCUCCUUACAGAGCAACGCCUGUGCGUCGGCCAAAGACAAGUCUCGCUUUGGUGCCUCCGUCGCGCUCCAGCACCGUGGAGAGAGACAUCGAUACACGCGCGAACGAUAAUGAUGAAGACAAUGUCCGUCAAAGCCGGCAACGACGAUCCCAAGCUGGGGUUCCAAGGCGCAGCUUGUCGGUGCCGAGGCAAAUCAAAGCCGAUCUAAUCAGCGAGACCGAUGAUACCCCACAUCAUGCGAUGGGCACGGGGUCCGAUCGCUUCGUGAUCCCUGAGUCGCCUUCCAAGGAGGCCGCAUCUCGCCGAAGCCGAACCGUACCAAAAGAGACCACCCCCACCACAGCCAGCGUUAGUGAGCGGAGCCGCUUUUCCCUUGCUCUGCAGUCUUCCAGUUCAUCGAUUUCAGUCGCGCACGAGCCUCUUGGCGGGGCAUCUGCCAAGACGCUUGCGGGAUUGGGCCCCACUCUAUUAUCUGUUGCACAGAGAGCAACAAUUAAACCACAAACUCAGAGCGGUUCCGAGUCGCAGUCCAGAACAAGGCGGUCAGCAAAGUACGACCAAGCGUUGUCAUUGAGACCGAGGGUCAAGACAAUGGAGCUCAACCCACCUCUGACCAAGGACAGCCACGAGUCUGGCGACUCGGUUGAAUCUGCCCCUGUCUCAAAUAAUAUCGCUGGCCAAUCGAGACCCAAGGAGCGCUCCUUGGCGGUGGCAGAAGACAUGAUUCUGCAGUUGCGAGUGCGAUCUCGUUCACGUCGAGGUCCAGAGGAAUGA